AUGACUCCCAACAUCAUGACAGAAGCUCAGUCUAACUCCUUCGCUUCCAGAAUGACAGUAGCUCAGAGAAAAGAGGCUCAUGAAUUGAGAAAGACUCUCAAGCCACUGAUGGAAAAGAGAAGACGUGCUCGAAUAAACGAGAGCCUCAAUCACCUCAAAGCCCUCAUACUGCCACUCGCCGGCAAAGACGUUUCACGCUAUUCAAAGCUGGAGAAAGCAGAUGUUCUGGAAAUGACGGUCCGCUUCCUCGGAGAUUUGCCGUCUUCAUCCGCUAAAGGUCAAACAGACAGUUUUAAAGAAGGCUACAAAGCCUGUUUCCAGCGCAUCUCUGCUCUCCUGCCGCAGACCGGCCUCGACGGAGAAACCCGUCAGCGCGUCAUCCAGUUUAUGCAGGACUCAAUGGUGUCUGCCACAUCUUCCUGCCAAAACUGCUGCGCUCACAACUCCAGGAUGAUGCACCACAGACUCGUGAGUCUGAGGAACAACGGCUCCAGCUGCCCCGCGCCAUCCUCCAGCCAGCAGCCGGACGCGCAACAGGCACCUGUGGACAUGUGGAGACCCUGGUGA